AUGGCACUCGAGUCCACCGAGAAUGUACUGCCGCCAGUCAGUGUGCAAGAGGUGUUGGUUGACAUUUAUUUUUCACGUAUCAACACGUUACUACCACUUGUCGACGAAGAAGCAUUUAGAGCACAAUUUUCCAUGGAGAUACUGCCGCCGCAGCUCAUUCAAGCUAUCUGUCUGGUUGCCACCAAAGAGAGUGGUGAGAACCUGGGUGCAUUGCGGCUGGGGGAAGGCACAGACCUUCUCGGUAUUGAGAAUUUCAAAAAUACCCUUUACAAUUUACUGGUGCAGUGCAUUUCACGUAAAGAAAGUCGAAGAACAGUUACCCAAAUCCAAGUUCAUGCACUGCUAUCCCUGCACACGUCGGGACCAGACAGCACUGAGGAUGCAUCGUUACACCUCAUGCAAGCAAUCCACCAUGCCCAGACACUUGGAUUGCAUCUGAUAAAUAAAACAAAUGAGCACCAGGACAAGGCACACAUUUUGCUUUUCUGGAGUCUCUGGAGCCUGGACCGAUGGAACGCUGCGAUCAACGGUCGACCAGUACUGAUUGGUAACUCGGACAUGCAACCAAAUAUGAACGAGGCAUUUCAAUGCGGUAGAGCGCCGUUCCGAAUCUGGCUUCGGCUUGCUGAGACUCUGGACCAGGUCAUAGGUUUCUAUAGACCAACUUCGAAGUUGUCCCUGUUUCAUGAGUCCACAUUCACUGGAUUUGAGCAGAUUGUCGAGGAGGCCCAAGGCUACCUGAUUCCGAAAAGCACGCUGAUCUCCCUUGAGCUCCUCUACCACGGCAUCUCUAUUCUCUCCUGCGGAGGGCAAAAAGGUGUCACAAUUUCAAAUUCAAUGAAAAUAAGGGAGAGUUUCGCAACAACACAAAUUGUUUCUAUCAUCCAUUCAAACCACGCCAAAACAUUGCUCGCUCUUCCAAUGAUACCUUAUUCGAUAUCACUCUCCCUGUGUUGGUCCUACAACAAGCUUCGGAAAAGCAAACUAUUAACAACCAGACACAUGGCGCGGUCUGCGCUGGAAACAUGCUGUCGAGUUCUCAGCGAGCAGAAAAUGUUAUGGUGGUUUGCGGGCGUCAUUUCUAGGCUCGGCCAGCGAGCGUUAGACGAGCUUGGUCAAGACCCGUCUGCUGCAGCCAGCUCCGAGAUUCAAGAAGAACAUUUUGAUCUUAGGUAUGGGCAGCAAAUCACUUCUACUGGGUAUGAGCAGACGUUUUGCCAACCAGAACUUCCAGACGCAUUUAGGCCCGGAGAGGGCAACAGGGGCCUCACAUUGCAGGAAUCUGUGGAGAACAAUAUGGGACAUUCAUCUGUCGGCAGCAUUGGAGAUUUCCAUAGAAUGCUAUUGGAUCUAAAUAUGCCAUUGAUGUCUGGGGACCUCUUCUAA